AUGAUCUCCCUCACAAAACAGGGCGGCAACACCCACCAGCAGGCCGUCCCCCGGCCCCGCACCGACCGCGUGGUCCCCAAGCCCGUCCCGGAGGCCCAGUCCAAGGAUCCCCGCGGCUACCAGCUCGGUCAGCUGCGCAAGCGGUACUCGCCCCGUGAGUCCACCGCUGCCGACGGCACCACCACCACCCUGGUCUUCCGCAUCAAACCCUCGGAUCCAGAUUUCCCCUUUGAGCUGGAGCACCUCGAGUGCGAGCUCGCCGUGCCCGGGGACUAUCCCGAGGCCGUCCCCGUGCUGCGCGUGCGCAACAGCGACAUCCCCCGCGGCUUCGGCAUCAACAUCGAGCGCGGAUGGGACAGGCUUGUCCACGAGCGCCGGGGCGCUACCUUGCUCUCCCUCACCUACGCCCUCGACAAGAACCUCGAGAGCUUUCUGUCCGAGCAGGAGGUGGCCACCGUCAAGCUUGUGAAUUUCAACAAGGACGCCAAGGACACCCGCCAUCUCGAACCCUCAACCUCGUCCGUAGCCGCAGCCGUAGCCGCCGGUGCGUCGUCUUCCGCUCCGUCGCCGGCCGCCCAGACCGCCAGAGCACCGUCCCCCGUCCCCGCCCCCGUCAGGCAUUAUACGCCCGAGGAGUACUUCACCAAGGAGGAGAUGGCCGCCGCCAAAGCCCGGCGCGCGCAGGAGACGCGCCAGCUCGAGACCCGCAUGGGACGCCUGUCCCUGUACCGCCGCUCGCCGGACGGCAUCGUCUACACCCUCCCCCUCGAGCCUCGCCGCCGCGCCGAGCUGCCAUCGGGUCUCCAGGGCGUCAAGACGGUGCAUCUCAUCGUGCCGCUGCUCUACCCGCUGCAGCCGCUGCGCAUCCAGCUCAACGAGUGCGACUCGCAAGCCGCCGAGCCGCUCGAGGAGUUCUACGUGCAGAAGGCGGCCGAGCAGAAGCAGAUGACUCUCACGAGCCAUCUGAAUUAUCUCGCGCAGAACAUGCACGUCCUUGCCAAGCAGGCUCUGGCGCCGCCCAAACGCGACGUCCAGGCAGCAGAUCCGGCGCCGGCUCCCGAAACGGAUGCAAAGGAAAAGGCAAAAACCGCGGCUACGGCUACGGCAGAUGACGACCGGAGCCACAUCAAAUUCAUCCCGAGACCCCCGGAAUGGGGCCGUGCUCGCGGCGCCGAAGGCGGCGAUACGUCGGACGACGAUGACGACGACAGUAGCAGCAGCGGACAGAACACGGAAGACGACUCGGACGAAGGCGGCGGCGCCGGCCUCGACGUUGAACCGCCCGGUCUCGCCUCGGGUCUCACUCCCGAGAGGGGCACGGCCAUCUCGUUCCCGACCAUCGAGCUCCACAGCAUCGAGCUCUUCCAGGUGUCGAUCCUCAACCUCAGCGUCAAAUGCUCGCGCUGCAAGACCAUCAACGAGAUCACGGGGCUGCGGCACGAGGUGCCGCAGACGGCGAGCUGCCGCAAGUGCGCGGCCGGGUUCGCGGCGCAGUUCCGGCAGCAGCUCGUGCACGCCAACUCGACGCGCGCGGGCUUCGUCGACCUCACGGGCUGCACCGUCGCCGACAUGCUGCCCAGCACCUUCGUCCCCGUGUGCGCCAAGUGCUCGACGCCCAGCCAGGGCCUCGUCUCGGUCCGCGGCGACGCCACCACCAACGUCUGCCGCACCUGCCACGGCAGGUUCACCUUCAAGAUCCCCGCCGUCAAGUUCCUCGCCAUCUCGGCCGGCGGCCUCGCGGCGCCGACGACGGGCCCCGUCAAGAAGGCCGAGAAGCUGGGCCUGCACGCCGGCACCCCGCUGCCGGACCGCGGUGCCUGCGGCCACUACAAGAAGAGCUACCGCUGGUUCCGCUUCUCGUGCUGCGCGAGGGUGCACCCGUGCGACCGGUGCCACGACGAGGCCGAGAACCACGUCAACGAGUGGGCGAACCGCAUGGUGUGCGGCUGGUGCAGCCGCGAGCAGCGGUACUCGCCCGAGGCGUGCGGCUUCUGCGGCCGGAGCGUCAUCGGGCGCAAGGGCAAGGGCUUCUGGGAGGGCGGCAAGGGCACGCGGGACCGCAAGCUCAUGAGCCGCAAAGACCCGAGGAAGUUCAAGAGGGUGGGCGGCGGCGAGGCAUCGAAGAAGAAGGACUAG